AUAUGGUCUUGCACUUUGGACGACGCUGCCUGGUGAGUCGAGGUGGUGAGAGAGCGGUGAGAGAAUUUGUGACAGCCUCGACGGUCACGGACUGUCAGAGUCACUCGCGGUCUCUUCUUGAAAUGUCGCAGGCAGUAGGAAAUACUGCCCUUGCAUAUGCACGAGUAUGGCAUCAAGUGGAUGCUUCGGAACGCGUCCUUGGAAAACUAGCUGAACGAAUUGCAUUGGUGUUGAUGGGGAAGCACAAACCUAUCUACAACCCAAGUGUUGAUUGUGGUGACUAUGUUAUUGUCACGAAUUGCACGAAAGUACGAGUUUCUGGGCGGAAAGAGCAAUCGCUUCUGUACCGAAAACACACAAUGUACCCUGGGGGACUGAAGGAGACGCCGUACAAAGACAUGAUGGGGAAGAAACCAGAGGAGAUCAUACGACAUGCAGUAUCCGGCAUGCUUCCAAAAAACAAACUUCGUGAACGAAGACUCGAACGGCUUCGGAUAUUUCCUGGUAACGAGACUGGUAUUCUAGGAGCAAACGUGAUGCGUAACUGGCACGAUGGAACCAUGCCGCAAGACUGGAAUCCCACGGAACUGGUGAAGGAAAGCCAGAGGAUAUUACCUGCGAAAUUACACGAUAGAAGCAAGCAGAUGACGGUAUCUUGAACUGAACCCGCGUUACGGAUAUGUUGUAUCGAAACAAUUCUACUUCUUCAUAAGUCUUAAGUGCGGCGCCCACUCAGUACUCAACUACAGCAAAACUAUUUUUUCACGUCGGUCGAGAGUGGGUAGAUGUCUCGUUCUGAAGUGGAUAUACUUGGC